AUGAGUAAGUUAGACAUUAAUUUUUAUAACCACAAAUUCCUAUCUCAAAAUAAUUUAAUUAUCAAUUUAGUAGACGAAAAUUAUAUUUUAAAAUUGCCAAAUUUUCAAAAAAAAAUUGAAGAAAUGAUUUUUGUUCGUUGCUGGUUGGAAAAACUAUUUAAAUGUGGUUUUGAAUUUGUCAGUUUUCCCAAAUGUGUAUUUAAUCCAGAAAUGAUCAAUAUUUUAUUUGAUAACGACAAAACAAUUCCUCUUAAAUUUCACACAAAAAAAGCAAUUUUAUGGACUACCGACAACACUAUUGAAAAUGUUUUAAAAUUUUCUUUAAAUCAUUUAUCAAUUUCUGAAUUACUUGAAAUUAAUUUUGGAGAUACUAACAUUACAGAAUACACAAAUAUUUUAUUAAAUAUUUUAAUAAAUGAAGGCAAUAAAUUUCCAAAAAUUGAAUUUAUUAACUCCAAAUUAAUACAACUUUAUGAUCUUUUUAUAGAGUAUAUAGCAACAUCGAAAAACUGUUCAAAAAUUGUACCUGCUAUUACUUUUGUUUUUCCUACUGCCCCGAAUUUUAAAUUAAGUGAAAGGGCAGAAAAAGUUGAAAUUGAGCAAUUAAAUGAUAAAAAAAUUACAAAAUACCAAAUUGGCAAUAUUCACAAUCCAGAUAUCAGAUUUUCAUUUUGCAAUAAAGUUUAUGAUGGAUCGUUUACUCACGUUAAUAUCGAAAAAAUACAAGAGUGAAUUUGAGAAGAAAAUUUUAUUUAAUUUAUUGGACAACAAAAUAUUUUUUUGAUUAUUGGUUUCAUCGAUUCUCGUAUAAAAAAUGUGUGCUAUUCAUUUUUAUAAAUUUUAAAUUAAGUGAAUUUAU